ACAUUGACUGAGUUAAUACACCUUUGUUAAUAGGAGCAUAUGGCAUAGUCAUCGUAUGCAUAUUAUGAUAUACAUUAAACGGAUCCAAGAAAACGGCAUGAAUAACACAUGUACAUUCGUAUUCGUCAUUCAUUGGAUAAAAGGAUGACGGUGAAGUCAUCAUACUUGAUUGAAAUUGUGCAUUUUCUUGUGUUCCGUGCCUGAGCUACAUACGUUAAGUAUUUGUAUUUAUCAUAAAUACUGGCACUAUUAAAAGUUUUUGCGCUGUUGAAAGUCAUUGAUGAGAUUAUCCGGAAUAACGUGUGAUUUAAAGCUGAAUAUUUGUGAUUAGGCGAAACUCUGUGACCUGAGAAGUCACGGAAAUGCUCCGUCACGGGCACCACGAGAACGAGAUGGUGCACACAAUUGGAGGCGUGCAACUGAAAUGGGAUGCAAAGGAUCUGGAAAUUAAAACCCGUUCCGUGGAAAUGGCUUUGCAACCCUUGGUCAUGAAGGUCACCACUCUAGUCAACACGGAUUCUUCGAGGAAAAAGGGUCGUUCCAAGAGGGCUCACGUGCUAGUAGCAUUGGUGGAAAAGGCCACGGACAACUUUAUCAAAAAUGGGGAACUGAUUGCAAAUGAGAAUCCUGACAUCAAGAAGGAAAUGAUGAUGGCCGUCGACGAGGUUCGAAACAGUGGGAAUAAAAUGACGGAGACAUCCAGAGAGUUUGCCGAAGAUCCAUGUUCGUCUCAAAAACGAGGAAAUAUGGUGCGUUCUGCCAGAGCGUUGCUUUUGGCCGUGACACGCCUCCUCAUUCUUGCAGACAUGGUGGAUGUCCACCUCCUUUUAAAAUCCUUGCGAAUUGUAGAGGAUGAUUUGGAACGGUUGAAAAAUGCUUCCAAUCAAGCGGAACUUAUGGAUGGGUUGAGAGACUUUGGACGAAAUGCAACUGGUCUUUUGCGAGAGGCAGCUAGACGACAGCAGGAACUUCGAGACCCUCAGCAAAGGGACGACCUGGCUGCGGCCCGAGCACUUUUAAAAAAGCAUUCUACAAUGUUGAUGACCGCAUCCAAGGUCUAUUUACGGCAUCCAGAACUUGCAGCUGCUAAAGCUAACCGAGAUUUUGUAUUGCGUCAAGUUUGUGAAGCCGUGAAUACAAUAUCAGAUAUUGCCAAAGGACAAGGGAAUGCAUCCACUCAAACGCAACAAAGUUAUGGACCUGGAGAGCUGGCCGCUGCAUUGAAUGACCUCGAUAAAAAUAUAUAUAUGAACCCGUUGGAGUAUAACGAACGCCGGACAAGGCAAACUUUGGAAGAACAGUUGGAAUCGAUCAUUAGUGGGGCUGCCUUAAUGGCAGAUAGUUCUUCGACCAGGGAUGACCGUAGGGAAAGGAUUAUUGCAGAGUGCAAUGCCGUGCGUCAAGCCUUACAAGAUUUACUUUCAGAGUAUAUGGCAAACACCGGAAAGAAAGACAGAAGUGACGACUUAGAACGUGCAGCCGAACACAUGAACAAGAAAACAAAGGAUUUGCGGCGUCAGUUACGAAAAGCGGUCGUGGAUCAUGUAUGCGAUAGUUUUCUGGAUACCAACACACCUCUUCACAUUCUUAUCGAAGCAGCAAAGGCAGGAAAUGAAAAGGAAGUCGAGGAAUAUGCCCAAGUUUUUAGUGAACAUGCUCGGAAGCUAGUUGAGGUUGCCAAUCUUUGCUGCAGUAUGUCUGACAAGGAGGAUGGGGUCAAAAUGGUGCGUCACGCGGCAUCUCAGAUUGAAAGUCUGUGCCCCCAAGUUAUCAAUGCAGCAAAAAUUCUCGCAGCACGUCCAAAGUCGAAGCCGGCUCUGGAUAAUAUGGAAACUUUUCGGCGUACAUGGGAAAACCAGACUCGAAUUUUAACAGAAGCUGUAGAUGACAUCGUAAUUAUCGACGAUUUACUUGCCGUAACUGAAAACCAUAUAUUGGAAGACGUAAACAAAUGUAUUGCGGCUGUACAAGAACAAGAUCCUGAAACUCUUGACAGGACAGCAGGGGCAAUUCAAGGACGGAUCUCAAGAGUUACCGAUGUCGUUACGUCAGAAAUGAAUGAAUACGAACCUGGCCAUUAUACAGAUUAUGUUUUGGAUGCUGUUAAAGAUUUACGAGAACAAGUGAUGCCAAACUUCGUCACAAAGGUAGAAGUUGCGGUGGACGCACUAUCUUCUAACCCAGCCAAGGAUGUUGACGAAAAUGAGUUUAUUGAUGCUUCAAGCAGAGUUUAUGAUGGCAUUAGAGAAAUUCGGCGAGCAGUAUUGUUGAACAGGGAUGAUGACGAAUUAGAUCCAGAGGACGUAGUUAUCGAUGAACGAACUGAGACAGGAAGCAAAAUUAGUGGGGUGACAGGGAGCCAAAUUGUGGAUGAACGUCUGCAACGCAGGGAAUUAUUGGAAAAGCUGCCUGAAGAAGAAAAGAAAAAGAUUGUUCAACAAGUUGAAAGUUUCCGGAAUGAAAAACAAAAGUUUGACCGUGAAGUUACAAAAUGGGAUGACAGUGGCAAUGAUAUUAUCGUUCUGGCAAAGCAUAUGUGUGUCAUCAUGAUGGAAAUGACAGACUUCACCUGGGGACGAGGUCCACUGAAAACUACAAUGGAUGUUAUCAAUGCCGCAAAAAAGAUUUCCGAGUUGGGUACAAAGCUUGAUAAAUACGCCAGACAGAUUGGAGAUCAUUGUCCAGAGUCCUCCACCAAGAACGAUUUAUUGGCUUACCUUGGUCAAAUUGCAUUGUACUGUCACCAGUUGAACAUUACGUCCAAGGUUAAAGCUGACGUACAGAAUAUUUCUGGAGAUUUAGUGCUGUCCGGGCUGGACUCUGCAACUUCAUUAAUUCAAGCUGCAAAGAACUUGAUGACCGCCGUGGUUGCGACCGUUAAAUGUUCAUAUGUCGCGUCCGCAAAGUUUUCAAAGAAUGAUGCUCCAAUCGGAGGACGUGCAACGAACUUCAUUUGGAAGAUGAAACCUCCAGAGAAGAAACCACUCGUUCGGAAAGAAAGACCUGAGGAAAUUCGUGCCAUUGUCAGGCGUGGAAGCCAAAAGCGGUCCAAUCCGAUCCUCGCUCUGAGUGAGUUCCAGAGGCCCACAGAGGAUGUUUAAAUUGAUGUUUAAUCAUCAAUAAAUCAUGAUACAAAUAUCAUGAAAUGUGCCACAUACCAAUGUGCAACGAAUAAUAGCAAUAUUCCAUCAUUCCUAUAUACAUAUGAUAAUCAAUCUUUAUUCUUUAACAACGGUGCAAAAAAUGAGUGCUGUGCCUUAUGUGCGACAUGUGAAAUUAAUUAUAUCAAUACCCUCCAUAUUUUACACAUUUCCAGUUUGGUAGACAUAAUUUUAUCAAAAUGAGGACAUUAUUUAUGACAGAAUUUACAAUUUUGUAUUUGUACUUAUAUAUUUAAAUAGGUAUAUGUAGCAUAUGUAGGUUAUUUAUCUGCAAAUAUUCCUGUUUAUUACAUUUGGAGAAAUAAAACCUGUUUCGUGGUUUUUGGACAAAUA